AGCGACGUUUUUAUAACUUCCCUCUCGACUUGGCUCACUUGGCGUGAUCGUGACGUGUACUAGCGAGGACUUUGUUGGAGUUAUAGUUUAUCGAUGUGAAGUUGGUCGCUUCGUUAACACCGAUAUGGUGUGAGUGACAGAGGAGAAAACAGUCGCGUUGCCCCGGUUCCGGUAGCAGAAAUGCCUCUUAUGAUGGGAAGGGAAGGUGGACGGGCUAACCGAAAUCUAAUGUUUCCGGUCUUCGCCGUGUUCUUUUUUUCGGUCGGCGUCGCUGCCGUUCAGGAAGAAGUUCAGAAAUCGGUACAGGAGCUGCCCCAGCAAGAGAAAUUGUCAAGUCCUCAUCCAGUAGGUCCAGUUACUUCUGAAGAUGCCUCCAUCAAAGAGAACCUGGGCUUCAUUCAUGCCUUUGUGGCCUCUUUCUCCGUCAUCAUCGUCUCUGAGCUGGGAGACAAGACGUUUUUCAUCGCAGCCAUCAUGGCCAUGCGCUACAACCGCCUCACCGUGCUGGCUGGGGCUAUGCUGGCUUUAGGAAUCAUGACUUGUCUGUCAGUACUGUUUGGUUAUGCCACCACAAUCAUCCCUCGAAUCUACACCUACUAUGUAUCCACCGCUCUGUUUGCCAUUUUUGGUUUACGGAUGCUGAGAGAGGGGCUGAAAAUGAGUCCAGACGAAGGGCAGGAGGAGCUGGAGGAGGUGCAAGCAGAGAUCAAGAAGAAGGACGAAGAACUGCAGCGGUCUAAGCUGAUUAAUGGCACUCCAGAUGUGGAGGCUGGAGCAGGAGUAACACUACCUCAGUCCAAGUGGCACAGCUUCAUCUCGCCCAUCUUUGUCCAAGCCUUCACUCUCUCCUUCCUCGCUGAGUGGGGGGACCGCUCACAGCUGACCACCAUUAUUCUAGCCGCUCGAGAGAACCCCUUUGGAGUUGCGGUGGGUGGCACAGUUGGACACUGUCUGUGUACAGGGCUGGCUGUGAUAGGAGGAAGAAUGAUCGCCCAGAAAAUAUCUGUGAGAACAGUUACGAUCAUCGGAGGGAUCGUGUUUCUGGCGUUUGCCUUGUCUGCCCUGGUCAUGAAGCCUGAAACUGGAUUGUAACUGGGAGGAAAUGGACUCCACCUCACUGUAAAUAAGUGUCCAGUUAGAUAGUUUUGAGCCAAGUUUCCAUCAGCACAAAGUUUUACCUGUUCUCCCAGUCUGCCUUUGGUCCUCUGACGUCUGUGAAUCUGUGAGCAUUCUCACAAAGAUUAAGAUAGAGAUGAGUACAUUUCCCUAGGAUCUUAACGUGUACACAUCACAGCUUGUAAGAGGUGUAGGUUUGUGCGUCACUGAUGAGCUCUGAGAGCGGCCUGGGUUCACCUGUGCUCUCAUUGACACUGGACCGAUGGCUACCAGUCGAACACCUCUGAACCUGGCUGUGGUGCGUUUGGCUCUCAGCACACCCAGUGUGCAGUCUGUUCACGCAGAAGAUGCGUUUUUAUUUUGAUGUGAUUUUUUGUCUCGUUACAUCGGGGUUAUGUUUGAUGUUGUGAUGAAACGGCUGCUGAGGAGAUGCUGUAGUUCACACCAACAGGUGAUGGUUUUAGUGGACCAGCAGCGGUCCGCAGUGCCGUCUUCCACAUCAGCGUGUUACUGGCUUGGCUCACUGGGGGCCCAAGCUGUGACAAAUACAAUGAUGUUACCUUGAGUGGGAAAACCAAUACCAAAGCUGCAUCACACCAUGUAAUGGAAAAGCAUAAUUAUCCUGUCAAAACAUCGUGUUUUCUUUUGUUGCUUUUAAAUAUUAGAUGAUAGUUUAAUGGUUAAUUUACACACUGGUUUGAGCAGCUGUUGGUGGGAUACAACUGCACAAGUAAUUUUUUUUUUUGCUUUGAAAAUUCAGUUUCCCUGAAAUGUAGAGCAAGCACUACAGGCAGUUCUUAUAUAAAGUUCUGUUUUAUCAUAGUUCUAGUUUGUUUUUAGGAGGACAAACCAGUCAGGCACUGGUUCAGCGUUCAUAGCUGAGGUGUCUUUGUUCUCAGAGUGGUGUAAGCUUUAAACAGACCAGCUGCCUCCUCCCCAGAUCGAGUCACUACGCAGUGACGAGUUGGUUAUUUCUGCUCUGAAACGUUUGCUGUCAAGUCGGAUAUGAGCGACAUCAGUGGGUACAUCAACACGAGAUCAUUAGUUGUAGCUGCCUCAGCACUGUAACUCAAACCUCUUUAACUCCUUUUAUGUAACGAGUGUCCCUAUUUAUUUAGCUUCCUUUUCUGUUAGGUGUGUGUACUGUAGACUGGAAGCGUGGGAGAGGCUGCUGGAAGUGAGGGAUGCGUGUGUUUUAAACUGGAUGGAACGGGCUAAAGCUGCAUUGUCAAUAUUUGACUACCCAACUGUAAAAUACAUCCAUUUCUUCAGGUUUGUUGAAAUGUCUAUAAACACAAUAAAAGGUCUUUUUUUAAUUGUA